AAGGAAAUUUCGUCAAAGUUGGAUGGCUGACUACAGAAAUACAAGUAGAAUUAUACUCUUAUUUUUGAAGUUCUUCGUCUAAACCAUCUUCUCCCUAGACCUAAACACCCAAUAUUACUCAUCGGUGAUUCGAUUUCGUUAAUUUUAGCUUUACAAUUUGCAGAGAUGGUCUGUUUGGCAUGUCUGUUACCCCUUUUCUUGAUCCCAGUUGUUAACGCUCUUCCUCUCUUGUUUCAUAUCAUCAUGGCAAGAGUGUAUCGAUUGUUUGGGUGGGAGUACGUCAAACCUGAAAGGGUUCCUCCAGCUUGUCCCUACAAACCAGGAACGUCCAGCAAAAGUAAUGAUCCGGGGGAGCAUUUAGAGGCUGAAUCGUCAAUGACAGAUGUGAACACAAAACCAGUUGAGUUGGACAGCCGAAAGAAUGAUUAAACUCGAGUAGAUUCGGCUGACACUUAACAUCUAUAAGUAUUAAUCCUAUUUGUCGUUGUAUUUUAGCCUUGUUGAUUGUCGAUCAAAAUUAAACUAAUUUGAAAAAAUUAUGGUUUACUCUACACUGGUUGAAUGAUUUAAAAUUUUUGUUGCGCAAUUCUUUGGUUAAGGGUCACUAGAAUUUCAACGGUACUCUUGGUGAUUUUGUACAUAACAUGAAACCAGAAAAUAACACGCAACCAGAAAACUUCACUACAAUAAAGAAAAGUAAUAAGGUUUCUCAAUUAUUUUCAUGGUUGUAGUGAUUGUAGCAAAAAUCAUUGAAGAUCACAAUGAUUUUCAUUGUUAUAUUAUGAAGUCAGGCAAGGCAUUUUAUUCA